UAGGAAAGGAAACAAUGCUGUUAGUGUUACGUCCGUGAUCCUUCUCUGUUUUGGAGUUGAAAAUCGUAUUCCAGACUUUUUGAAAAUAUAUUUCAAUAUUCAACAAUGGAGCCGGAAUCAGUAUUUGAUGAGACCUAUGAGUAUAACGCCCCAAGAUUCGUAGAUUUCUCUGUUCCUCACACAAUCGACGACAAGGCAGACGAAUUUUUUGACCUUGAACACGAGGGAAACAACGGCCAGUAUGAUUUCAUGGUUGAACCAGAUGGGCAGAUUCCAGAAGAGUACGAUGAGCCUGAACCAUCAUCAGAAUGUAAAAGCUCCACAGCAAGAGUAGAAGAGAGGAUCUCUGAUGUUCCACCUCCCAGGCAGGAAGAGACAGAAUCAGUUGAGCAUCAUCCGCAGGUUGAACAGCAUCCACAGGAAACAAGAACAAACUCAAUACAAGAUACAGUGGGUGAAAGCGAAGAUCACACCAAAGACAAUGAGACUGGUCAUAUGGAUCAUAAUACAGAACAUGUAACAGACAAUGAGAAGGCAGAAAUGGAAGUAGCCACGGUGAGAGAAGAGGAUGAGAGGAUAGACCAACAGGUCAAGGAGGAAACCAAAGAGGACAAGGAGGUGGAGCUUGUGCAAGAACCUGUCUGUCAGGAUGCGCCCGUGACUACCGAUGUUGAAAACUUGAUGGUGCAAGAGGAGGAGAGCAAGGACAGGGAGAUGCCUGUUGAGGAGCAGAAGCCCGUGCCGACUUUUGAUGAGGAGGGUGAAAUGAUGUUCACUCAAGAGAAGGAUUCUGUGGAAGAAGAAAAGAAGGUGGAGGAGAAACAGGUGGAGGUCAUGGAGAAGACAUUGGUCAUGAGGGAUAGCCCAGAGAGCCCACAGGUGGAAAUGCGAGAUGCAGAAUCACCUGCUGAAGUUGAUGUUCCAAGCAAUAUAGUGACAAAUUUUGACCAUUCUGCCCCAGCAGUAAAGCCUGCACCUAAGAACCUAGUAACAUCAUGGGGUAAUAGUAACACAGACAAAUCUACAAACGCUAACAAGGAUGCAAAAUUGAGACGCUCCGUAAGGAGAUCGACUCGUUCUCUCAACAGUGAUGUGAGUGGAUUAAAGAGAGCCUCUGCUGGCAACAACAUGCAGAGGAGAUCCCUACGCAUCCACAAUAAAUCCAGCCAAUCACCAGCUUUGAAGAAGAGACGCGUUUCUGACAGGUCUCAGAGUAGAAGUAGGAAGAGCACACCAGUGGCCGCUAAACCUGCUGCAGCUAAGCCUGUCUCCAAACCUUUCAUUCCUAGACUGACAUUACCUACUACUCCUACUUUCAUGAAGCGUAAUACCACUAAACCCGGUGCCCAAUUCAAGAGCACAGAACAGAUGGAGAUGGAGAGAAUUGCAGGGUUCCGUCAGCAGCUGGCAGCUCGCAAGAAACAGUCCCAGGCUUCUUAUAAGAUGGUUCAGGAGUCUAGUGGGUACCAUGCAGUCAAGGCUGUUGUUCCACCCACCAAACCUGUUGGAUUCACGUUUGAGACGGAUCAGAGGAUCAAAGAGCAUCCCAUGGCUACACGACAAGAUACUAAGAGCUUUGAGAGUGACCUUCGCAGGGGAAAGACUUCACCGGGUAAGGUCCACCAUGGUCCGACUGUACCUAAACCAUUCAAAUUGACGGAGAACAGGAAACGAAAGCUUGCCGAGGGAGAAGGUAGCAAGGAUUCACCCUACUGCUCCAUGGCUACACGGAUCCAACGGUUCCAUAACAAGACACCGCAGCGCUUUCAUACCAGACGGAGCGGGGAUCAUAAAGAUAAUUCCAUGCAUAAAGAAGAAGUUCAGAAGCCCAGAUUGACUUGUCCCAAGACCCCUAACCUUGAAAGCAGGAAUCGAAAGCGUGCCAUCACCGUACAGAGUGCGGCUGAAAAAGAAGAGCAAGAACUCCAAGAAAUGCAAAGUUAUAAAUUCAAAGCCAAGCCUGUCAACCCCAAACUGAUGAACAAUCGCAAUAUUGGACUCAAGAUGCCAACCCACAAGGAGCCUACAAAGGCCAUAGGAUUCAACCUAGAGAGCGAAAGACGGAUGAAGGAACGUGAGACAAAGAAGGUGCAGGAAGAAGAGGAGAAAGAAGAACAACAACAUUAUGAAUUCCAUGCCAGACCAGUGUCUAGUAAGAUGCUAGAAGGACCAGUGGGUAUUGGUCCAGCCAAACCACGCACAUUGACUUGCCCCAAGUCUCCUGCCUUUGCACUGAAGAACAGGGUUAGAAUCAAGGAGGACAUCGUUGAACCUGAGGAGUCCAAAUCUCGUAUCAUCCAUGCUAGACCGAUUCAUCAUGUAGGAGUACCAUUCAAACCCCAGACCACCCAUAAGACCACAGACACUCAACCAUUCUCCUUUGAACAGCGUGAUAAAGAGAUCCAAGCUCGUAAAGAAGCUAAGAUACAAGAGAUUUACCAAGAAGAGGAGAAGGCCCGUCUAUUCAAAGCCAAACCGAUCCUUGAUACAGUAUCUGUACCUGAGAAGAAGGUCAAACCCGUCACCAAACCUGAACCAUUUCAUCUCAGUAAUGAAGAGCAGGGAGCUAAGAGAGCCGAGAUGUGGAGUAAGAAGAUUGAGGAGGAACUAAAAGAACAAAGGGCAAUGGCCAAUGCAUUCAAAGCUAAACCAGCCGAUGUGGUCUACAACGAACCUUUCGUACCUCAGAAAUCCAACAAACCCCUAAUAGAGAUUAACCCUUUCAACCUGAACACCGACCGACGCGCUGUGGAACGGGAGGAAUUCGAGGAGUGGAAGCUGAAGAAAGAACUCCAGGAUCGAGAGAGCCGCUAUCAGCAGGAGAAGCUCAAGGAAGAGGAGGAGAGGAAGGAGGUAGAGAGAAUGAGACGAGAAGACAUGGUACAUAGAGCCAAGCCUAUCAAGCAUUACAAACCAGUCCAUGUCAUGCCUAGUCUGAAACCACUUACCGAUGCUUGCAGUCCCAACUUUUCUGAUAGGUUCCAGAAGUAAACUCUAUACUUGGUCCACACGGCCCUAACCAGCCAAAGUAGGACUAUACCAUGUUGUUCUGAGUUGAAACCUCUUGCUAAUGCAUGUUGUCCAACCUCUCUGAUAGAUUCCGAAAGAAGAUGAGGAUUUGUUCAGAUCUCAAACCGCCUGACUGAAACUAAUCUAUGCCAUAUGUAGUAGAAGCUUUAUUGGUAAUCAAGACUUCGGUCCUGAGGUAUCAGUAGAUUAGCGACUCUCUACCCUUGAUGUUGACCUAUCAAAUUUUUUUUAAACCAAGGGUUGUGCAGUAUUUCAGCAAGCUACUCAUAAUAAGGUAUGUGCAACUAGGCCAUGUAGCACAAAGCAUAUUGAUCAUUGUAGAACAUUUUUUCACGAUUGAUUGCAUUGGCUACAAUGUACAAUCAAUAAUAAAAAUCAAUCACUAACCUUUGUGUUUCAGGAUACAGGUGACCCCUUUUUGGGAUGCCAUAAUUUUGGAUUCUCCGUGAUUUUGAUUCCCUCAGUUGAAAUGUGACCUUUUUAGAAUAAAAUUAUCUUUGUUGACGAGCAUCUCAUGGUACAAUUUAUCAACAAAUUUGAUAAGGG